CAACGAGGUCGGUCACGCAAAAGUUUCUGUGUAAACAGUGAGUCUUUCGCAAAGAAAGCAGAAGAGUGUCGGCCUUGGAAAAGGGAUCGACGAUUGUGUAAUUUCGGUGAAGUCCCCACUUCGAAGCGUGCGCUUCCCGCAGGUUUUCCUUAUAAAGAAAAAAAAGGGCGCAGGAAAACUCGCGAUCGAAACGUCACACGAUCUGACAUCUGGUCGUUGUUUCGCGUGACAUUGUUUUGAUCGGCGUGCGGGAUCUCGUUGGGAAAUCGUUUUCCCUAAAGCAACCUAACACAUCUUAAAGUAAAGAUGCCCCAGUCCGACGGGGGGUAUGUUUCGCUCGGCGGCGGAGGCGGUGGGCUCAACUCGGCGAUCUACAACUCCACCACCGAGCCGCAGUCCGGCCCGAAGACGGUGAUGGAGACGGUGAAGCGCGUCAUCGGGACGGCCAUCGGGGCGCAGGACAAGCACGCGCUGCUGGAGCGCACCGGGGGCGGAGGGGCCCAGCCGUACAUCGUCAGUGCCAGUACUAAUUUCAGAGAUCGCGACAAAACCGGCAAAGCAGCGAACGCAAGAAUGCCAUCCGCACCAGCACACACUGCCGAGGAAGCUCGCCUGCUUGGAGCGAUGCCGGUGGACCCGAUGGACGACAUUGAGCUGCGCUCGGUGCAGCUACAGUAUCCGAACCAGCGCGGCUCGAUAGUCGGCUCGUGCGACCUACGGCGCGUCCCGACGGACAAGGGCGACAUUCUGGUGGCGGUGCAGGGCGAUACAACGAAGCCGGCGAUCGUGACGUACCACGAUCUGGGAUUGAACUAUGCAUCAAGCUUUGCCGGGUUCUUCAACUUCCCCACGAUGCGCUCGCUGCUGGACAACUUCUGUGUGUACCACGUGAACGCACCCGGCCAGGAGGAAGGUGCUCCGACGUUCCCGGAAGACUACGUGUACCCCACGUUCGACGAGCUGGCAUCGCAGCUGUUGUUUGUGAUGACACACUUCAAUUUGAAAUCCAUCAUCGGGUUCGGCGUUGGCGCUGGGGCAAACAUUCUUGCCCGCUUCGCCCUGGCCAAUCCGGAUAAGGUCGGCGCACUCUGCCUUAUCAACUGCAGCUCGACGGCGGCCGGCUGGAUCGAAUGGGGCUACCAGCUGCUGAACACCCGUAAUCUCCGCACGAAGGGCAUGACCCAGGGUGUGCUGGACUACUUGAUGUGGCAUCACUUCGGGCGGAAUCCAGAGGAGCGCAAUCUGGAUCUGGUUCAGCUGUACAAGAGCAACUUUGAGCGUUCGAUUAACCCAGUUAACUUGGCCAUGCUGAUUGACGCCUACAUUAAGCGUACGGAUUUGAACAUCGCCCGAACACCUUCCGGCUCACCACAAACAGUUGCCGCCCCGUCGCUGAAGAUGCCCGUGCUAAACAUUACUGGCGCGUUAUCGCCCCACAUCGAUGAUACAGUAACGUUCAACGGUAGACUUAUCCCCGAGAAGACUAAUUGGAUGAAGAUCUCCGAUUGCGGUUUGGUACUGGAGGAGCAACCGGGCAAGCUGGCCGAAGCAUUCCGACUGUUCCUGCAGGGUGAAGGCUACGCACCAACAUUUUCACCGCAUGCUAAAUACCAUACUACCACUGCUGCUGCUGCUACUGCUGCUACUGCUGCUGCUAUGGCAACUGCAAUCAACCGCCACAACAACAACAACAACAACAACAACAAUGAAAUGGUGUCGUGCAAUAACCACAAUCAAGAGUUCGACAAGCUGAACGGCAACGUGAUGGCGCUGGCGGGCGGUGGUGGUGGCGGUGGCGGCGGCGGUAGCUCCGAACAGCCAGCAGCGGCCGGAGGCAACGGCAACGGAAACGGAAGCGGUGGCAUCGGCAUCACAGCAACGGCGAAUAUCUCGAGCACCGGUAGCGCGUGCAUUGGCGGAAGCGCCACCAGUGCGGCCAUCUACGAGAGCCGGUCGAAGAAUGGCGCCAUCCGAAUAACGGAGAACCCGCUGCCCGAGAACGUGGCGUGCUAG